AUGAUUAUACCCUACUCAUUUAGGAGAAAAAAAUUUGUUUUAGCUACAAUUGCACUCCUUUUGAUAUUGAUCUUUCUCAUAAAUCACUCUCCAGUUUCCAUCGAAACCAUCUCCGCAAAAGAUCCCCACAUUAGUGGCUUCAAUUUUUUUGCAAAACUAGAACAAGGAUCUAGCGAUUGGUCGAUCAAAUUUCAUGAAAUCAAUUGGUUCACUGAUGUGUUCUUUUUUCUUUCUCACUAUGUGCCCUUCCUUCGGAAAGAAGGUAAUGACGUUAUAGAGUCUGUUAUAAAGCUCAAAUACUUCCAAAAAUGCUUGGCAGAAAACUACGACACAGAGCUACAACGAAUGAAUGAUAUUCAAGAGCACCUCUUCCCAUAUUUGCAUUUUGACGCUUUCGGAUCUAGCGAUUCGAAGUUUUGGCCUACCUAUACUAGAUGGAACGGCGCGGUAUACGAAAACUCCUUGCCAAGGUUCUCUCCCGUGAAUAAUACCUUCCUAGAUGCACCAGAGGUGAAAUACAAUUACAAGAGAUUUUUCUGGGCCAAUUGGCUCGAAAAUUACGUUCAGCCAGGAUCAAAGGGCAUCGUUGUCAGCGCCGGAGAUAACCAAUGCAGUGAUACCGUUAGAUUAAUUCGAGUCUUAAGAUAUCUGAAAAACACCUUACCUAUUGAAAUCGUUCAUAAAGGUGAUCUGAGUCAGGUCUACCAAGAAAUGUUGGUGAAAGCUGCCAGGGAUGACGACUCCGAUACAUAUCCCAGUCAAGAGAUGUGGUUUUCGGACAUUUCUCACAUGAUUGCAUCAAAUUAUGCUGCGAAGUUCUCAGGAUAUAGUAAUAAGUGGUUAGCAGUUUUGUUUAGUUCUUUCGAAAACACGAUUUUGGUGGAUGCUGAUACCGUGCCCUUCGUUGGCUUAGAACAUUAUUACGAAUGGGAACAGUUCAAAAACUUUGGAGCAGUGUUCUUUAAAGAUAGAGGAUUAAAAUCUGACCCAUUAAAUAAGUGGGAAGUAGCGAGAUUAAAAGCGAUAGCCGAUAAGCUCUUGAGCUUGGACCUAAAGAAUGCAUUAUCCUCAAAUGACCUGCGUCACCAGCUGUCACUCCGAGUGAAAGACACCAUUGCACUGAAUACAAUCGAAAGUAUCUUUAUGCACGGCUAUAAACACCAUAUGGAAAGUGGCUUAGUGGUCAUUAACAAAAACAAAAAUCUGAUGGGCCUUUUAACUUCACUUUCCUUACAUUUUUCAUCAGUGAGAGAGUAUUUCCAUGGUGACAAAGAAUGGUUUUGGAUUGCGCAAUUUCUGCGUAACGAAUCUUUUACGUUUCAUCCAAAAGAGGCCUCGAAUAUCGGGAGACUUGGUAAUGUGGCGUCUGAAGAUUCAAGUGAUUUCUAUCAAAUAUGUUCAGUCCAGCUUUCUCACAGUGACAUAGAUGGAUCCAUAUUAUGGGUAAAUGGGGGCAUGAAAACUUGCAAGAAAAAUUCAUGGAAUUUUGACUACGAUAGAAGCAAGAGGUUGGCCUCCAUGUAUAGUAGCUCAGAGGAGUUGCGAGAGUAUUACGAAACGCCUGUACAUUUAGAGGGUGCAAUAAUACCGGAUUUAUCUCUAACAGACUGGGUUAAUUCAGGGGAAUGUGCAGCCUACAACUAUUGCACACUUUAUAAAGAAGGGCAAUUUGGAGAGUUGCUCAGAUUCAACGACUCUACCAAGGAGGCAUAUAAUGAAAUUGUGAGAAUUUGGAAUUUACCUAUAUGA